AUGACGUCUAAUACCAGCCAUGAAAAGUUGAUCACCAUAUCCUCACUUGGACCAGAGGUUAUCGUCGCCAUUCUGAUCCAAGUGGUCGGCUUUAUUCUGAUACUGUCGUCUGCCGUGCUGCUCGCGCGGCACAGACGCUUGCACAAGUUGGAUCACGUGUUCCACAUUAACAUCCUGGUCAGCGGUGCCGUGUUUCUGUCCUCUAACUGGAUGCUCCUUGUGCCCUGGCGUGGCGGGUGCGAGGCGUUCAGUGUCGUGUUCAUCGUCUCUGGCGCAGCUGGAAUAUUCUCUGCGACUGGUGUGGCCAUUGAGAGAUGCAGAACUAUGUUGCGAAUGGCGACUUCUGUCACAACGGUGAAGAAGAACAUAGCAAUCCUGACCCGCAUAUGGCUUUUCAGCAUGUCAACAGUUGUAUACCCUUUGGGAAAAAAAGUGUAUCUAACAUAUGCAAGCAGCAAUAUCACAAACAAUCGGGCAUACUCUAUUUGUUUUACGGACAACUCUCUCCUAUACUCGAGUCUAGACAUAGCAUUGAUACUUUGUAUUGCUGUUAUUAUUGUUCCCGUUAUUCUCAUGUUCUCAUGCUACAUCCUGAUUUUCCAUCAUGUGCAAAAAGCUAGGUGCAUGCGUAAUAACAACCGAGCAGUGAUGCAGCGUACUAAAACAGCGAGCAUUGUCUUGCAAAAUGUUCACCAUGGAAGAAAGCUGAACGUAUUUCAAAUUGAGACACCAUCAUCUUCAACUAUCUUAUCGACAAGACAGAGAUUGUCCGAACAGAGUGAAAAGCUACGAGAGUGUAGAAUAUUACUGAAAUGUAUAAUAUCGGUCCUGAUCAUUUUGGUCACAUGGUUACCUCUCUGUGCCAUGACACUCUGCAUUUCAAGUGUAGGCUUUAACAAACAUCACCUUUUAACAAUGAAAUACUUGCUUCUUAAUUCCCAGCUUUCCGUACUCAUGAACAUCGUUUUCUACAUCAUCUAUUGUGAACGCUACAGACAAUUAUACAUCAAUUUCCUUUUGAACUCCUUCGUAAAAUUGUGCGCAUGCUCAAACGUUACAUCUGGAAACACAGCAUCUUCAGCCCGACCCUCUGUCUCGAUGAAUUGCCCUUCAUUCUUAACAGAUCGUGAUCAUAGCAAAUUCACCCAAACUGCUAGCUUGCCUCCAAUACGAGAACAACCACCCUAUCCCCGAAGUUAUAGCGUUUCUGCUAUUGCUUCUAAGCGUCCAAGUAGUGUGACAUAUAGCACUCGGAUGAAACAUAAAUCUUUACCUGGUUUUCGUCUUAAACAAUUCAACAAAGUCAAUGUUUUGAAUUGA